GAACACUUUUUUUAGAUGGGGCGAGGUGCUUGUUGACACAAGGACUGGUUCCGUGCUUUUAAAAUGCUCAAGGAAUCUUUGAGCUUAUUAUACUGCGUUAGUUUACUUUAGACGAUUAUUUAAGUGCUUUUAAUACUCCUUAAAGUCCAGGAACUGGUUUUAAAACCCUUUUCUUAGAUUUAUGGUUUUAGCGCACCCUGGUGGUGUUAGUGUGAAUUGCCUUGCUGGAGCGCUCCAUCGUUUUUUUGUAUUUUUUUAUUAAAUGUACACUAGUUUACUGCAGUUUAGCUUUUAAUUAAAGCAUAUAAAGCACAUAAGAUAUAGAUUAUAUUAUAUUAAAGCAUUUUUUUUUUAAAGAAGUAUUUCGAAUACUGUACAGUAGCAGUAUUAGUGCUCGUUUUGCUUUCAAGAAUAAUUAUAGAUCCCACAAGAAUGUUGUAUCAAUAGCAAUUGUUUGUAACCCAGCUUUUUGUUAACUUAUUUAAGAAAGCCUUGUGGAUCAGCUGUAAACUCUUUGUAUUACAAAAUGCCACAAGCAUAGAAAAGCCUCUUUGGCAGAGCUUUCCUUUUUCUGGCACACAUGCCUUCGACAAAUUGGACCAAAAGUAAACACGAUUAUGUGAAUGCAUACUAAAUCAAAUGAUGUACUUUUCCAAAAGCUCCUUUGUUUGGCUCGAUUAUUCUCCUAUAAUGCAGUGCUCAUAGUGGCAGUGUUGGGUUAUGUACAUAUUUUGAGUGGGUGCCAUCGGUAAGUAGAUGCUUUUUUCACAGAGCACACCUCUGCAAUACUUAUCUCUAAAAAGCCCUUGAAGUGGAAAAAAAGUAAUUAGAUUAUAGGAAAGAUAUUUUACAUUAAAGUGAUAUUAUGUAUUGUGUUUAUUAUAAACGAAUCUUACUCUCUCAACUAACAACUUACAGAUGUACAACUGUGGACUCCUGUACUGAAAAGCAGAUUUUCCAGCCCAACAAUGGUUCAAGAGAUAUGCGUUUUUCUGUUUUCGCUGACAGCUCUUGGUGUACUUUACAUUAUGAACAAUGUUCCGGCAUUUCAAGAGCCAGUGGUAAUUCUUGAAGUUGGGGUGGCUGUUCUUGUGGCGGUGUUCAUUUUGGUAUACGCUGCUACCCGCUGUAAUCCUCCCAAAGAUCCUUUGUUUUAUGUUUUUGCAGAAUUUUCCUUCACUUGUAUCAUUGACCUCACAAGCGCUUUGGAAUAUGACGGCUUCAUCUCUGGGUUUAUGGAGUUCUAUCAGAAAACAGGUGAGCCGUAUCUCGGUACACCGUAUGCCAUCAUGAUGUGUUACUGGGAUGGUACCGUGCACUUUAUCAUUUACCUGAUGCUGGUGCAACGCAUGUCAAACAGGAAACAGUACCGCACAUUGGGACUCUUUUGGUCUGGAUCGCUGUGUGCCAACAUGAUUGUGUUUGUUCCAGGAAUAGUCGCCGGUAAAUACGGCUCAGAGAUUCGUCCUGCCUUCUGGCUAAACAUGCCCUUCUUACUGGUUCCCAUAUGGGGAGCGAUGUCCCUGUUCUCCAGGCCGAGGGACUUCCCUCUUAUGGGCACAUACAAGGCCGAACGUGAACAGAAAAAGGCUGUGAUCUGGCGCCCGGUGGACCUGUUCUUCGUGAUUUUCCUAGUGGCUGCGAUGGGCUUUAGUCUCUUUAGAGGACUGGCAGUUCUUGAUUGCCCGCUGGAAAUCCUCGACAGAUAUGUGAUCGAGUAUGAACCGUAUCUGAAGGAUCCUGUGGGCUUCCCCAAAGUGAUGAUGUUGUUGAUGCUAUUCCAUGCGCUUCCAAUGCUGGGUUGUUUUGCGUAUGGGUUGUGCACACCUGGAUGUACCUGGAUGAUGGACUGGACAGUGUUUUUUGCAGGUGCCGUUUUACAGUGCCAGUGGUGUCAUAUCGGAGCAUCUCUGCACCCACGUACUGCGGAAACGUACAGAUUUCCUGCCACGGCCCUGCCGCCCGUCCUCCUCCUAAACCUGCUGUAUGCUUUGGGUCCCGUGCUGCUCGCUCUGCGCUGCCAACGACAGCCGGAGUAUUUCCUUCCCCUUGCACCCAUGGGUCAAACUAACAAUGAGAAGAAAUUAAGAUAAAUUACACUUUCGAGCAUUAAAAUUGUUUAAAAAUAAACAGUAAGUAUGACGUAAUAUGACUUAAACCAGGAUAAAGAUACGUACUUACAUUAAACUGCAGUUUUAUGUUUCAAACAGAGAUGGCGAUAGAGAGGCAAACAUUUUGGAUUAAAGUAUAAAAUGGACAAAUAGGACUUGACGUUCAGUGUAAAAAACAAGUUCAAGUACAUGCAGUGAGUUUCUGAUAAUGUGGUUAUUAUGCAAGUUAUAAAAAUACAUCUUUUAAAGGUCUUUUGUGUCAGUUGCCAGAGUGAUGGUUGUUAGUAAGUUCUUCAUGAGAAACAACUUUAAAUUGUACAAGGCAGAGAUCAUUAAACCAUUACUCACUCUCCUCCUGCCUCCAGAAAACACUAUAUUUAAUAAUGUUAUAUCUGACCUCAGUCAUCCUUUCUGAAGAUGUGACCUGCAACAAAUAUAGCUCCCUUAUUCCUGUGUCUUCAUAGUUUUGCCUCCGCUGGCUCUCAAGACAGAUGCCAUCAUGACAUAAAAACUGUAAUAAAUGUCAAAAGAUUCUCUAAAGUUUGCUUUUUGUGUAUCACGACAUAUGGUGAAUAAUUGUCUGGUCUCUUGGGUU